AUGUUCCCAAGAUCAACACAUGAGACCUUCGCUGAGAAGCUAUAUCAGACUUUUAAAGAUCAUAAGCGGUUCAGCAAGCCAAAGUUGUCUCGGACGGAUUUUACUGUUUGCCACUACGCUGGUGAUGUCACGUACCAAACUGAGUUCUUUUUGGAUAAGAACAAGGAUUAUGUAGUUCCAGAGCACCAAGCAACACUUAUUGCUUCAAAGUGCCCCUUUGUUUCUGGCUUGUUUCCACCUUUACCUGAAGAUUCUUCUAAACAUACCAAGUUCUCCUCUAUUGGUGCUCGAUUUAAACAACAAUUGCAAUCAUUGCUUGAGACACUUAAUGCCACAGAGCCUCAUUAUGUUCGUUGCGUGAAGCCAAAUAAUCUUUUGAAGCCAGAAAUUUUUGAGAAUCAAAAUGUACUCCAGCAGCUUCGUUGUGGGGGAGUUCUGGAGGCUAUUCGGAUCAGUUGUGCUGGCUUUCCUACUCGAAAACCAUUUGAUGAAUUCUUAAGUCGGUUUAAGGUCCUUGCUCCUGAAGUUUUAAAUGGAAGAAUUGACGAGGUUGAUGCUUGCGGAAGACUUUUAGAGAAAUCUGGCCUUGAAGGUUAUCAGGUUGGUAAAACAAAAGUGUUUCUUAGAGCUGGUCAAAUGGCAGAAUUAGACACUCGCCGAAAUGAGGUCCUUGGCAGGUCAGCUAUCAUAAUCCAGGGAAAAGUUCGCUCAUACUACGCUCGAAAAAAGUUUUUGUUGUUACGAGUUUCAGCAAUCCAAGUCCAAGCUGUUUGUAGGGGCCAGACCGAACGGGCUCUCUAUGAGUGCAUGAGGAGGGAAGCUGCCUGUCUGAGGAUCCAAAAAGAUGCACGCAAGUACAUUGCAAGGAGAUCUUAUGGAUUGCUGUGUGUUUCAGCUGUUUCCAUUCAAGCAGGACUGCGGGGCAUGGCUUCUCGAAAUGAGCUUCAAUUCAGAAAGCGAAAAAAAGCAGCUAUCUUUAUCCAGAGUGAUUGGCGGAGAUGUGUGAAACGGCGGCAUUAUAGGAGGAUGAAGAAAGCAGCAGUUGUGUUACAAUGUGCCUGGAGAGCUAAAUUCGCCCGUAAAGAACUACGGAAGCUAAAGAUGGCAGCUAAAGAAACUGGAGCUCUCCAAGAUGCCAAAAGCAAGCUGGAAAAGGAAGUUGAAGAGCUGACACAGAGACUACAGGUGGAGAAGCGCAUGAGGGACAAGCUUGAGGAAGCUAAAACCCAGGAAACAAUGAAAUUACAGUCUGCAUUGGAAGAGAUGAGGCUUCAGCUUCAAGAAACUAAAGAGCUGCUCAAGAAGGAACGUGAGGCUGGAACAAAGGUCGUGGAGCAAGGAUCCGUUAUACAAGAGGCCCAGGUUAUAGAUCAGGGGGUGGUCACGGAGGAACGUGCGACUUCCACAAAGAUCGUGGAACAUGGAUCUGUUGUACAAGAGGUCCAGGUUAUAGAUCAGGUUCAGGUCAACAAGCUUACAGCUGAAACUGAGCAGCUUAAGGUUCUUGUUAACUCAUUGGAAAAGGAAAUUGAUGAAAAAGAGAAAAAAUAUGAGGAGACAGUCAGAGUAAGUAAUGAGCGACUGAAGCAAGUUCUGGAGGCCGAGUCUAAGAUAAGUCAGUUGAAGGAUGCCAUGCAAAGUUCGAAAGAGCUGCUAAUGAAGGAUCCUGAGGCUGCCACAAAGUUGUUGGAAGAAGUAGAGUCCCAGGUUGCAGAUCAGGAGGUAUCGGGCAAGAUUACCGCUGAAAAUGAGCAGCUCAAGGUUCUUGUUAACUCAUUGGAAAAGAAGAUUGAUGAAACAGAGAAAAAAUAUGAGGAAACAAGCAAAAUAAGUGAGGAGCGAUUGAAGCAAGCUCUGGAUGCAGAGGCUAAGAUAAUUGAGUUGAAGCUUAACAUGCAAAGGCUUGAAGAGAAACUUUCCGAUAUAGAAGACCAGCAGAUUCUUCGACAGCAAGCGCUAAAUUUACCAACUGGAAGAACUUCAAGUCGUUUUGCACCUUCUGAAAACGGUCAUCAUGAACCACUGGCUGCAGUACCAUCAAGAAGGUUUGGUACAGAUUCAAUGAGGAGAUCCAAUGCUGGAGCAACAAAAUGGUUUGGUACAGAGUCUAUGAGGAGAUCCAUGGCUGAUAGGCAGCGGGAGAGUGUGGAUAUUCUUAUCAAAUGUGUCAGUCAAGAUCUAGGGUUCAGUGAAGGGAAACCAGUGGCAGCAUUUACCAUAUACAAAUGCCUACUUAAUUGGAAUUCCUUUGAAGCAGAAAAAACUAACGUGUUCGAUCGUCUUAUUCAGAUGAUUGGUUCUGCGAUAGAGGAUGAGACAAACAAUAAUCACAUGGCUUAUUGGCUGUCCAACAGUGCAACUUUGUUGUUUUUACUUCAGCAUACACUGAAAACUACUGAUUCAGCUCCAAGUAGACCGCCCCAACCAACAUCAUUUUUUGGUAGAAUGGCACAGAGUUUCCGGUCUUCAUCUGUCAACCUUGCAAUUGGUGGUCUCGACACUGUACGUCAGGUUGAGGCAAAGCAGCCAGCUUUACUUUUUAAGCUACAGCUCAGUGCUUAUGUCGAAAAGAUUUAUGGAAUUGUUCGAGAUAACUGGAAAAGGGACCUGUUUUCACUGUUGACUUCAUGUAUCCAGGCAUCUCAAGCAUCAAAAGGCGCCUCCUUGCAAUCACCACGGAAGUCCGUUGAUGGUUCUUCUCCACCCACUCCGUGGGAUGGCGUAAUUGAGAGCCUAAAUGGGCUUCUCAGUAUACUGAAAGAAAAUUAUGUUCAUCCAGUUUUCGUCCAGAGAAUUCUGAACCAGAUAUUCUCUUACAUAAAUGUUCAGCUGUUCAAUAGCCUUCUCCUUCAAAGAGAGUGUUGUACAUUCAGCAACGGGGAGUAUGUAAAAGCUGGAUUGCAAGAAAUAGAACUUUGGUGCGGCAAUAUGAAAGAAGAGUACGUUGGUUCUUCGUUGGAUGAAUUAAAGCAUGCAAGGCAGGCAGUUGGAUUUUUGGUUAUUAAUCAGAAGUCAAGACUUACAUCUGAAGAUCUAACAACUGAUCUCUGUCCCAUUCUGAGUAGUCAACAGUUGUAUCGGAUAUGUACACUUUACUGGGAUGAAGAUUUUAAUACUCAAGGUGUAUCCCCAGAGGUCAUUUCCAGUUUUAAGGAUCAAGAAAUAGAAGACGCAAAGGAUGCUGAUAAUGCAAAUGAUGCAGAUAACAACUUUAUAUUGGAUGAUAAUUCCAGCAUUCCAAUCUCUGUUGAGGAGAUUAACAGUUCCCUCAAGGACGUUGAUUUUACCGGUGUAAAACCUGCAAAUGAACUGCUUGAAAAUGCAGCCUUCCAAUUUUUACGCGAAUAA